AUGUCCAGAUAUCAGGAUCUAAAGCUGCAGAGAGCAGGUUGGUUUUCUUUUCACUGCUGAAAACGUGUUUUAUUUUGCCAUUGUUUCAAGUAGCUCAGCCGUUCACAGACACAUAAAGUUCAAGUUUGUUCUCAUAUUUGACCAAGUAUUAUGAGAGUUGAUGAAACUCUGACUGUGAUCGAUGGGCAGUUUGAGAGAAUAAUGCAGAGCAGUGAAGAAUAUGACGAAUAUGGAGGCGAAUAUGAGACCUAAGGCAGAUAUGUCUAUGACUCCCUCAGGCUCCCUAACUUUGUUUUGAAUUGAUCCAAGCUGCUUAUGAUGGUCUGCUGUUGAGGAAGAGGGGAGUGGGCUGGGCUUCAUUCACUGUACAGGACCUGGCAGGGGUAACUCAACAGGCAGAUAAAUAAUCAUCUCAAUCAUCAUAUUUUUAUAAUUAAGGGGAGCCAAAUUUGUAGUCAUAAACUGAGUGUUAUUAAUUAACAUGAAUUCCCUUUUGCUCUUGAUGUGUUCUUCUAUAUUUCACUGUGUACUGCAGACAUUCUGCUGCCAUUGGUCAAUAAAGACUUGGUUCCUGCCACACAGCAUGAGAGGAGCCCCAGUCUGGACCAUGAGGAUUCUGGGCUGUCAAACGUUAAGGAGGAACCAGAGGAACUGUGGUGCAGUAAGGAGGGAGGGCAAGGGCUCGGGGAGGCUGGUACAACAAAGUUCACUUGCAUUCCUACCUCUGUGAAGAGUGAAGAUGAUGAAGUAAACACAGAGUCCUCACAACUUCAUCAGAGAAAAACUGAGCAAGUGCAAAUUAACGGAGGGGACUGCAAAGGGUCAGAGCAAGCAACACACUCAGAUCCAUGGGAACAUUUGCAACCAAAGACUGAUGACAAAAAUGUAGACUCUUCUGAUGCUGAAACUGAAGACAGUGAUGAUUGGAUGGAGACAAGAGAACAAAACUCCAGUUUAAUCUCUGUAGAAAACACUGCAGAACUCAGACUGCAGAAAAAUAGGAUUUUACAUACUUGCUCUGAGUGUGGUAAAACAUUCAAGAAGAAACAGCAUCUCACCACACACAUAAGAAUCCACACAGGAGAGAAACCCUACAGCUGCUCUGUGUGCAGUAAAAAAUUCAAUCGUGAAGGAAAUCUAACAAGACACCUGUUGGUUCACACAGGUGAGAAAAAGUUUGGCUGCCCUGAAUGUGAUAAAAAAUUUAACCUAAAAGAAAGACUUAAUAGACACAUGUUGAUCCACACUCAAGAGAAACCCUAUAGCUGCUCUGUUUGCGGCAAACGAUUCAACCAGACAGCAAAUCGGAACAAACACAUGAGAUUUCACACAGGUGAGAAACCGUUCGGCAGAUAUGUCUCUCUGUCAAGCUUUAUUACUCUUUCAGUGUUGGACAUGAUUUUCCAGACUUCUUUGCACAGGCCUCUUAAAAACAUGAUGCACAUCUCCACAUACUGAGCUUAAAGAUUGCUAGUGGUCACUGAAGACCGCAUUGGAGAUGUGCAAUAAGACUUCUCUGAUGCACUGCUUAUGGCUUAACUCAAGAUCAGCAUUUCAUAUUGACAUCACGAUUAUCAAGAGUGAAUAUACAUGAUUUUAAAUCUGCAUUUCACUCAUUUAUGACACUGAAAAUCUCAGAAAAAAACAAACGAGAACCAUAGGUGGGGAAAAUGUUUACCUUCCCUUUUUGGUUUACUAAAGCAUGUCUGCCAGAAUGGAUGAUAGAAAUUUGUACUUCCACUGAUAGGGAACACGCAUCUGUUCUAUACUUGAUUUAAAUUUAAUUUGGUGAUAACACACACCAAAUGUAAUGACAGAUUUCACCCAGUAAAGUAUUUUUACCCUGUUGUUAAAAAUUUAAGGGUUUGCUCUUUUACCACUUACAAAUCAUUCAGUCUUUAAAAGCUUCUGUAUAAUGUCCAUAGACUGUAUAUGGACAACCUGGUUCGGCCCUCUGCCAGUAAACGGAUUUGAAGCCAAAAAGCUUUUGGUAAUUCUGCGGGGGUUUUUUUCUCCAUUUCCUGAAACCAACAAUGCGCAGCAGCGUUGUACGCACUCCACCACUGAGCAGAAGCGUAGUGCGCAAUCCUUGUACGCCCAUAGGCAGUACCAGGUGUCAAUCAUAGAAAACAUGAAUCUCCUCAUAACUUUUUAAAAUUGAGCUUCACAGAACAAAGAGGACUUGAGCACAAACCAGUCUUACACUAAUUACAUAUCAACAUCGCAAGCAGAGGGGGAAAAAAAAUUCAGUGUAAUAAAUUUCUAAAGUUUGUUCACAGCCCCAUAAGCUUUGCUGGUGGAGGCCAAUUUAUGACCUAUACUGCAGCCCGUCACUAGAGUGUGCUGUUCUCGGAGUGGCUUCACCCAGCAAGGAGGCAGACGGCGUCCAUUCUAUAUACAGUCCAUGAUAAUGUCCUUUGCAAGACUUUGGCUUGUAUCCUAUGAUGAUUCAGAAGAAUGUCCCUCACUUUAUAGGCUGGCAGCCAUUAGCUUGCUAGCACUUCCUAGCACUCACAGACACUCGUAAUUGCUACAGCCUCUCUCUAAUAAAGCUCACUCAGACACACAAAGAAACACACAUCUGCCUCCUCCAUCUCCUUUCCUUGCUCUCCUCUCUCCACCCGUGGCUGCCUGAUAGUUUGUACCACGGUUUCACAGUGUUGAACAAACAGUGGUAAACUCCCUCAGGCUCCCUAACUUGUUUUUGAAUUGAUCCAAGCUGCUUAUGAUGGUCUGCUGUUGAGGAAGAGGGGGGUGGGCUGGGCUUCAUUCACUGUACAGGACCUGGCAGGGGUAACUCAACAGGCAGAUAAUAAUCACUGAGUCUCAAUCAUCAUAUUUUUAUAAUUAAGAGGAGCCAAAUUUGUAGUCAUAAACUGAGUGUUAUUAAUUAACAUGAAUUCCCUUUUGCUCUUGAUGUGUUCUUCUAUAUUUCACUGUGUCCUGCAGACAUUCUGCUGCCAUUGGUCAAUGAAGACUUGGUUCCUGCCACACAGCAUGAGAGGAGCCCCAGUCUGGACCAUGAGGAUUCUGGGCCGUCAAACGUGACGGAGGAACCAGAGGAACUGUGGUGCAGUCAGGAGGGAGGGCAAGGGCUCGGGGAGGCUGGUACAACAAAGCUCGCUUGCAUUCCUACCUCUGUGAAGAGUGAAGAUGAUGAAGUAAACGCAGAGUCCUCACAGCUUCAUCAGAGACAAACUGAGCAAGAGCAAAUUAACGGAGGGGACUGCAAAGGGUCAGAGCAAGCAACACACUCAGAUCCAUGGGAACAUUUGCAACCAAAGACUGAUGACAAAAAUGUAGACUCUUCUGAUGCUGAAACUGAAGACAGUGAUGAUUGGAUGGAGACAAGAGAACAAAACUCCAGUUUAAUCUCUGUUGAAAACACUGCAGAACUCAGACUGGAGACAAAUAGGAUUUUACAUACUUGCUCUGAGUGCGGUAAAACAUUCAAGAAGAAACAGCAUCUCACCACACACAUAAGAAUCCACACAGGAGAGAAACCCUACAGCUGCUCUGUGUGCAGUAAAAAAUUCAAUCGUGAAGGAAAUCUAAAAAGACACCUGUUGGUUCACACAGGUGAGAAAAAGUUUGGCUGCCUUGAAUGUGAUAAAAAAUUUAACCUAAAAGAAAGACUUAAUAGACACAUGUUGAUCCACACUCAAGAGAAACCCUAUAGCUGCUCUGUUUGCAGCAAACGAUUCAACCAGACAGCAAAUCUGACCAAACACAUGAGAUUUCACACAGGUGAGAAACCGUUCGGCAGAUAUGUCUCUCUGUCAAGCUUUAUUACUCAUUCAGUGUUGGACAUGAUUUUCCAGACUUCUUUGCACAGUCCUCUUAAAAACAUGAUGCACAUCUCCACAUACUGAGCUCAAAGAUUGCUAGUGGUCACUGAAGAUCGCAUUGGAGAUGUGCAAUAAGACUUCUCUGAUGCACUGCUUAUGGCUUAACUCAAGAUCAGCAUUUGAUAUUGACAUCACGAUUAUCAAGAGUGAAUAUACAUGAUUUUAAAUCUGCAUUACACUCAUUUAUGACACUGAAAAUCUCAGAAAAAAACAAACGAGAAACAUAGGUGGGGAAAAUGUUUACCUUCCCUUUUUGGUUUACUAAAGCAUGUCUGCCAGUAUGGAUGAUAGAAAUUUGUACUUCCACUGAUAGGGAACACGCAUCUGUUCUAUACUUGAUUUAAAUUUAAUUUGGUGAUAACAGACACCAAAUGUAAUGACAGAUUUCACCCAGUAAAGUAUUUUACCCUGUUGUCAAAAAUUUAAGGGGUUUGUUCUUUUACCACUUACAAAUCAUUCAGUCUUUAAAAGCUUCUGUAUAAUGUCCAUAGACUGUAUAUGGAAAACCUGGUUCGGCCCUCCGCCAGUAUACGGAUUUAAAGCCAAAAAGCUUUUGGUAAUUCUGCAGGUUUUUUUUCUCCAUUUCCUGAAACCAACAAUCCGCAGUAGCGUUGUACGCACUCCACCACUGAGCAGUUGCAUUGUGCACAAUCCUUGUACGCCCAUAGGCAGUAUCAGGUGUCAAUCAUAGAAAACAUGAAUCUCCUAAUAACUUUUAAAAACGGAGCUGUACAGAACAAAGAGGACUUGAGCACAAACCAGUCUUACACUAAUUACAUAUCAAUAUCGCAGGCAGAGGGGGAAAAAAAAUUCAGUGUAAUAAAUCUCUAAAGUUUGUUCACAGCCCCAUAAGCUUUGCUAGUGGAGGCGGGAUUUAUGACCAAUACUGCAGCCCGUCACUAGAGUGUGCUGUUCUCGGAGUGGCUUCACCCAGCAAGGAGGCAGACGGCGUCCAUUCUAUAUACAGUCCAUGAUAAUGUCCUUUGCAAGACUUUGGCUUGUAUCCUAUGAUGAUUCAGAAGGAUGUCCCUCACUUUAUAGGCUGGCAGCCAUUAGCUUGCUAGUGCUUCCUAGCACUCACAGACACUUGUAAUUGCUACAGCCUCUCUCUCAUUAAGCUCACUCAGACACACAAAGAAACACACACCUGCCUCCUCCAUCUCCUUUCCUUGCUCUCCUCUCUCCACCUGUGGCUGCCUGAUAGUUUGUACCACGGUUUCACAGUGUUGAACAAAGAGUGGUAAACUCCCUCAGGCUCCCUAACUUGUUUUUGAAUUGAUCCAAGCUGCUUAUGAUGGUCUGCUGUUGAGGAAGAGGGGGGUGGGCUGGGCUUCAUUCACUGUACAGGACCUGGCAGGGGUAACUCAACAGGCAGAUAAUAAUCAUUGAGUCUCAAUCAUCAUAUUUUUAUAAUUAAGAGGAGCCAAAUUUGUAGUCAUAAACUGAGUGUUAUUAAUUAACAUGAAUUCCCUUUUGCUCUUGAUGUGUUCUUCUAUAUUUCACUGUGUCCUGCAGACAUUCUGCUGCCAUUGGUCAAUGAAGACUUGGUUCCUGCCACACAGCAUGAGAGGAGCCCCAGUCUGGACCAUGAGGAUUCUGGGCCGUCAAACGUGACGGAGGAACCAGAGGAACUGUGGUGCAGUCAGGAGGGAGGGCAAGGGCUCGAGGAGGCUGGUACAACAAAGUUUGCUUGCAUUCCUACCUCUGUGAAGAGUGAAGAUGAUGAAGUAAACGCAGAGUCCUCACAGCUUCAUCAGAGACAAACUGAGCAAGAGCAAAUUAACGGAGGGGACUGCAAAGGGCCAGAGCAAGCAACACACUCAGAUCCAUGGGAACAUUUGCAACCAAAGACUGAUGACAAAAAUGUAGACUCUUCUGAUGCUGAGAAUGAAGACAGUGAUGAUUGGAUGGAGACAAGAGAACAAAACUCCAGUUUAAUCUCUGUUGAAAACACUGCAGAACUCAGACUGGAGACAAAUAGGAUUUUACAUACUUGCUCUGAGUGCGGUAAAACAUUCAAGAAGAAACAGCAUCUCACCACACACAUAAGAAUCCACACAGGAGAGAAACCCUACAGCUGCUCUGUGUGCAGUAAAAAAUUCAAUCGUGAAGGAAAUCUAAAAAGACACCUGUUGGUUCACACAGGUGAGAAAAAGUUUGGCUGCCUUGAAUGUGAUAAAAAAUUUAACCUAAAAGAAAGACUUAAUAGACACAUGUUGAUCCACACUCAAGAGAAACCCUAUAGCUGCUCUGUUUGCAGCAAACGAUUCAACCAGACAGCAAAUCUGACCAAACACAUGAGAUUUCACACAGGUGAGAAACCGUUCGGCAGAUAUGUCUCUCUGUCAAGCUUUAUUACUCUUUCAGUGUUGGACAUGAUUUUCCAGAAUUCUUUGCACAGUCCUCUUAAAAACAUGAUGCACAUCUCCACAUACUGAGCUCAAAGAUUGCUAGUGGUCACUGAAGAUCGCAUUGGAGAUGUGCAAUAAGACUUCUCUGAUGCACUGCUUAUGGCUUAACUCAAGAUCAGCAUUUGAUAUUGACAUCACGAUUAUCAAGAGUGAAUAUACAUGAUUUUAAAUCUGCAUUACACUCAUUUAUGACACUGAAAAUCUCAGAAAAAAACAAACGAGAAACAUAGGUGGGGAAAAUGUUUACCUUCCCUUUUUGGUUUACUAAAGCAUGUCUGCCAGUAUGGAUGAUAGAAAUUUGUACUUCCACUGAUAGGGAACACGCAUCUGUUCUAUACUUGAUUUAAAUUUAAUUUGGUGAUAACACACACCAAAUGUAAUGACAGAUUUCACCCAGUAAAGUAUUUUUACUCUGUUGUUAAAAAUUUAAGGGUUUGUUCUUUUACCACUUACAAAUCAUUCAGUCUUUAAAAGCUUCUGUAUAAUGUCCAUAGACUGUAUAUGGAAAACCUGGUUCGGCCCUCCGCCAGUAUACGGAUUUAAAGCCAAAAAGCUUUUGGUAAUUCUGCGUUUUUUUUCUCCAUUUCCUGAAACCAACAAUCCGCAGUAGCGUUGUACGCACUCCACCACUGAGCAGUAGCAUUGUGCACAAUCGUUGUACGCCCAUAGGCAGUAUCAGGUGUCAAUCAUAGAAAACAUGAAUCUCCUAAUAACUUUUAAAAACGGAGCUGUACAGAACAAAGAGGACUUGAGCACAAACCAGUCUUACACUAAUUACAUAUCAACAUCGCAGGCAGAGGGGGAAAAAAAAUUCAGUGUAAUAAAUCUCUAAAGUUUGUUCACAGCCCCAUAAGCUUUGCUAGUGGAGGCGGGAUUUAUGACCAAUGCUGCAGUCCGUCACUAGAGUGUGCUGUUCUCGGAGUGGCUUCACCCAGCAAGGAGGCAGACGGCGUCCAUUCUAUAUACAGUCCAUGAUAAUGUCCUUUGCAAGACUUUGGCUUGUAUCCUAUGAUGAUUCAGAAGGAUGUCCCUCACUUUAACGGCUGGCAGCCAUUAGCUUGCUAGUGCUUCCUAGCACUCACAGACACUUGUAAUUGCUACAGCCUCUCUCUCAUUAAGCUCACUCAGACACACAAAGAAACACACACCUGCCUCCUCCAUCUCCUUUCCUUGCUCUCCUCUCUCCACCUGUGGCUGCCUGAUAGUUUGUACCACGGUUUCACAGUGUUGAACAAAGAGUGGUAAACUCCCUCAGGCUCCCUAACUUUGUUUUGAAUUGAUCCAAGCUGCUUAUGAUGGUCUGCUGUUGAGGAAGAGGGGAGUGGGCUGGGCUUCAUUCACUGUACAGGACCUGGCAGGGGUAACUCAACAGGCAGAUAAAUAAUCAUUGAGUCUCAAUCAUCAUAUUUUUAUAGUUAAUGGGAGCCAAAUUUGUAGUCAUAAACUGAGUGUUAUUAAUUAACAUGAAUUCCCUUUUGCUCUUGAUGUGUUCUUCUAUAUUUCACUGUGUCCUGCAGACAUUCUGCUGCCAUUGGUCAAUGAAGACUUGGUUCCUGCCACACAGCAUGAGAGGAGCCCCAGUCUGGACCAUGAGGAUUCUGGGCCGUCAAACGUGAAGGAGGAACCAGAAGAACUGUGGUGUACUCAGGAGGGAGGGCAAGGGCUCGGGGAGGCUGGUACAAAAAAGUUCGCUUGCAUUCCUACCUCUGUGAAGAGUGAAGAUGAUGAAGUAAACACAGAGUCCUCACAACUACAUCAGAGACAAACUGAGCAAGAGCAAAUUAACGGAGGGGACUGCAAAGGGCCAGAGCAAGCAACACACUCAGAUCCAUGGGAACAUUUGCAACCAAAGACUGAUGACAAAAAUGUAGACUCUUCUGAUGCUGAGACUGAAGACAGUGAUGAUUGGAUGGAGACAAGAGAACAAAACUCCAGUUUAAUCUCUGUAGAAAACACUGCAGAACUCAGACUGGAGACAAAUAGGAUUUUACAUACUUGCUCUGAGUGCGGUAAAACAUUCAAGAAGAAACAGCAUCUCACCACACACAUAAGAAUCCACACAGGAGAGAAACCCUACAGCUGCUCUGUGUGCAGUAAAAAAUUCAAUCGUGAAGGAAAUCUAAAAAGACACCUGUUGGUUCACACAGGUGAGAAAAAGUUUGGCUGCCUUGAAUGUGAUAAAAAAUUUAACCUAAAAGAAAGACUUAAUAGACACAUGUUGAUCCACACUCAAGAGAAACCCUAUAGCUGCUCUGUUUGCAGCAAACGAUUCAACCAGACAGCAAAUCUGACCAAACACAUGAGAUUUCACACAGGUGAGAAACCGUUCGGCAGAUAUGUCUCUCUGCCAAGCUUUAUUACUCUUUCAGUGUUGGACAUGAUUUUCCAGACUUCUUUGCACAGUCCUCUUAAAAACAUGAUGCACAUCUCCACAUACUGAGCUCAAAGAUUGCUAGUGGUCACUGAAGAUCACAUUGGAGAUGUGCAAUAAGACUUCUCUGAUGCACUGAUUAUGGCUUAACUCAAGAUCAGCAUUUGAUAUUGACAUCACGAUUAUCAAGAGUGAAUAUACAUGAUUUUAAAUCUGCAUUACACUCAUUUAUGACACUGAAAAUCUCAGAAAAAAACAAACGAGAAACAUAGGUGGGGAAAAUGUUUACCUUCCCUUUUUGGUUUACUAAAGCAUGUCUGCCAGUAUGGAUGAUAGAAAUUUGUACUUCCACUGAUAGGGAACACGCAUCUGUUCUAUACUUGAUUUAAAUUUAAUUUGGUGAUAACACACACCAAAUGUAAUGACAGAUUUCACCCAGUAAAGUAUUUUACCCUGUUGUUAAAAAUUUAAGGGGUUUGCUCUUUUACCACUUACAAAUCAUUCAGUCUUUAAAAGCUUUUGUAUAAUGUCCAUAGACUGUAUAUGGACAACCUGGUUCGGCCCUCCGCCAGUAUACGGAUUUAAAGCCAAAAAGCUUUUGGUAAUUCUGCGUUUUUUUUUCUCCAUUUCCUGAAACCAACAAUCCGCAGUAGCGUUGUACGCACUCCACCACUGAGCAGUAGCAUUGUGCACAAUCCUUGUACGCCCAUAGGCAGUAUCAGGUGUCAAUCAUAGAAAACAGGAAUCUCCUCAUAACUUUUAAAAACGGAGCUGUACAGAACAAAGAGGACUUGAGCACAAACCAGUCUUACACUAAUUACAUAUCAACAUCGCAGGCAGAGGGGGAAAAAAAUUCAGUGUAAUAAAUUUCUAAAGUUUGUUCACAGCCCCAUAAGCUUUGCUGGUGGAGGCGGGAUUUAUGACCAAUACUGCAGCCCGUCACUAGAGUGUGCUGUUCUCGGAGUGGCUUCACCCAGCAAGGAGGCAGACGGCGUCCAUUCUAUAUACAGUCCAUGAUAAUGUCCUUUGCAAGACUUUGGCUUGUAUCCUAUGAUGAUUCAGAAGGAUGUCCCUCACUUUAUAGGCUGGCAGCCAUUAGCUUGCUAGUGCUUCCUAGCACUCACAGACACUUAUAAUUGCUACAGCCUCUCUCUCAUUAAGCUCACUCAGAUUAACAAAGAAACACACACCUGCCUCCUCCAUCUCCUUUCCUUGCUCUCCUCUCUCCACCUGUGGCUGCCUGAUAGUUUGUACCACGGUUUCACAGUGUUGAACAAAGAGUGGUAAACUCCCUCAGGCUCCCUAACUUGUUUUUGAAUUGAUCCAAGCUGCUUAUGAUGGUCUGCUGUUGAGGAAGAGGGGAGUGGGCAGGGCUUCAUUCACUGUACAGGACCUGGCAGGGGUAACUCAACAGGCGGAUAGAUAAUCAUCUCAAUCAUCAUAUUUUUAUAAUUAAGGGGAGCCAAAUUUGUAGUCAUAAACUGAGUGUUAUUAAUCAAUAUGAAUUCCCUUUUGCUCUUGAUGUGUUCUUCUAUAUUUCACUGUGUCCUGCAGACAUUCUGCUGCCAUUGGUCAAUAAAGACUUGGUUCCUGCCACACAGCAUGAGAGGAGCCCCAGUCUGGACCAUGAGGAUUCUGGGCCGUCAAACGUUAAGGAGGAACCAGAGGAACUGUGGUGUACUCAGGAGGGAGGGCAAGGGCUCGAGGAGGCUGGUACAACAAAGUUCGCUUGCAUUCCUACCUCUGUGAAGAGUGAAGAUGAUGAAGUAAACGCAGAGUCCUCACAACUUCAUCAGAGACAAACUGAGCAAAUGCAAAUUAACGGAGGGGACUGCAAAGGGCCAGAGCAAGCAACACACUCAGAUCCAUGGGAACAUUUGCAACCAAAGACUGAUGACAAAAAUGUAGACUCUUCUUAUGCUGAGACUGAAGACAGUGAUGAUUGGAUGGAGACAAGAGAACAAAACUCCAGUUUAAUCUCUGUAGAAAACACUGCAGAACUCAGACUGGAGACAAAUGGGAUUUUACAUACUUGCUCUGAGUGCGGUAAAACAUUCAAGAAGAAACAGCAUCUCACCACACACAUAAGAAUCCACACAGGAGAGAAACCCUACAGCUGCUCUGUGUGCAGUAAAAAAUUCAAUCAUGUAGGAAAUCUAAAAAGACACCUGUUGGUUCACACAGGUGAGAAAAAGUUUGGCUGCCCUGAAUAUGAUAAAAAAUUUAACCUAAAAGAAACACUUAAUAGACACAUGUUGAUCCACACUCAAGAGAAACCCUAUAGCUGCUCUGUUUGCAGCAAGCGGUUCAACCAUACAGCAAAUCGGACCAAACACAUGAGGAUUCACACGAGAGUAGACAGCUGUGGGGGACCAGAACCAAACUUGGAUACAAAAGUACCUGUACAACCAGAGACUGAGGUCAAGACUGAAGACUCCCCUGACCCUGAGACUGAAGAUAAGGCUGGUGUGAAGGGAACAGAAGACUGUCAGUCAGGUUCAAACUCUCUGAGGAAUAAUGAUGUUGUCUUGAGUGCAGCAGCGUUGUACUCUUACAGUACAACCUUUUUUUACAUUAAGUUUAAUUAA